UGUUGUUGCAACAAUAUGAACACAACUUCCUCAUAAUUCACUGCAUGUGUUUCCUCCUGCUAAUGCUCUUUUCCUAACGCCGAGCGACCCUAAUUUACUGAAAAAAAGAAGAUUUUAAGAUGGGCUACAUGAUCGUAGAAGAGCACAGCUCCACCCUUCUCCACCUCAAGAGAUCCCCGGGGAUCCGCUCAUGGUCUCUUCUUGUUGGUAUAGCAUCUGUUGGUUUGGCCGCGGCAUACUACAGCUCAGACAGCGUCCUGUGGAAACUUUUCUAUGUGGCCGGCUGCCUGUUUGUGGCCAUGCAGAACAUGGAGGAGUGGGAGGAGGCCGUGUUUGACAAAACCAAGAACCUGAUCGAGCUCAAGACGUUUAGCUUGUAUACUUUAGUCCUGACCUUAUGGAGGAAGGGGCAAGAGAAAGUUGUGUUGGAUCUCACCCAGCUGUGUGACGUGUGUGUCCAGGAAGAGAGGGUUCGGUAUUUGGGGAGGGGUUAUCUGCUGAUGCUGCGGAUGGCUGCAGGCUUCUCCUACCCGCUCACUCAGAGCGCCACACUGGGGGGACGCAGUGACGUGGAGGCUCUCUCCACACUGCUGAAACGCUUCCUGGGGCUGGAGGAGCUGAAGCAACGCAGGCAGCAGGAGUAUGAGGCCGAGUACGGAGAGGAGGAGGGGGAGGAGGAGGAAGAUUCUCUGGACAACAUCACUGACUCAGACGAUGAAGCUGAUGAACUCUGAUCUCGUGUAGUGUUUACUGUAACUUUGGGUAGAUUGCGUUAGGGGGCAUCAUGGCACUGCAAAGGCAUUACAGAGGACGAGGUUUUCGUGAUGCCCUCAACACACGGUGAACUGUAGCAUGUGCAUGGGACUCCAGGGAUAUUGACUCGUUUAGCGUCUCCUCACCGACCUCCUCCUUGUAUUUUUCAGUGUUUCGGGUAAAUUAAAGUUUAUUUGAAUAUCAUUUCCAUGUUAGUUUUGGUAAAAUUAAAAAAAAAAAAAAAGCUCCAGGAAAUCUGAUAAAGGGACUUUUUCCAUUCAUUACACUGUAACCUUCCUUAAAUUAAUGUAAGUCUAAACAUCUAAACAUUUUUUUAAACUAAUUACUAUUUGAGAAUACACUCCAGAUUAUAGAUUUUCUGUGCCUUCCUACUGAACUCUAAUAAGUGUUUAUGUGUUCAAGACAAUGCAGAGUGUUUUUCCCACAGUUUUCUGGGCCACCCAGUUCAUAGUCACCUUCUUUUGCAUGUUUAUUCAUACCCAGUCUGCAGUCCAGAUGAAUGCAUGUGCAAACUGUAAUUGAGCAUGAAGGAUUUUCUGAGCUCAGUCGAAAGUAAAUUAGGUGUGAAAUUCGUGGGUCUGUUGCUGUUCUGUCUGUUCACAUUUCUGUACUUUUUUUUAAUGAACCAAAGACUGAAUCUCAGGCAAACACUUGUAGGGUGCUUUGGACAAACAGUUUCUUUUUUCUUCCAAAAAGUAUAAUGAAUCACCUCUGAUUGUGAAUGCUGAUAUGUGCUACUUGAAAGGAAAAUCUGAGCAUUUUUGUUAACUGAUGGUUGAUUUUAUUGUACCUGUUUAUUUUCGUACAUUUGCAAAUCUUAUAUAAAGCUCUUUUUGUAUUGAAA